AUGCUGGCGGGACAGGCCCCGCCGGGCGCCGCGGGCUGCGGCCGCCUCCUGGCAGCGGCGCUGCGGCCGCUGCUGUGCGGGCUGUCGCCGUGCUGGGUGGCGGGGCGGCAGUGCCGGGGCCUGCGGGUAGCGGAGGCGGCGACGGAGGAGGCGCAGGUGGUGCAGCGGGAGAAGCGUGGCGGCGUGCCGGUGCGCCGCUACAUCGCCUGCCCGCGGCUGGCGCGCACCGUGCAGCAAUGCCUGCAGCGAGGGGCCGGCCCCCAGCCCCUCCUGCUCGAGUUCGCGCCCGGUCCUGGAAUCUUGACUCAAACUCUGCUCAAUGCAGGUAUUAGAGUGGUAGCUCUGGAAAGUAACUUAGCUUAUCUUCCAAACUUACAGUCCCUAGAGAAUAGCCUGGAUGGACAAUUAAAGGUCAUUUAUGGUGACUUCUGCAGACUGGAUCCUUUGGUGACUGGAACACUGAAACCACCUGCCGUGUGCUCUGAGAAGCUUUUUGAAACCAUGGGUGUAGCAGCAGUUCCUUGGAGGGCAGAUGUACCUCUGAGAAUUUUUGGAAUCAUGCCACACACAUUGGAAAGAAACAGACUUUGGAGGCUUCUUUUUGGCCUAUAUGAAUGCAAUUCCAUAUACAAAUACGGAAGAGUAGAACUCAACCUCUUUAUAAGUGAAAAAGAAUACAUGGUAUUAAGAGCAAAGCCUGGGGAAACAUGGGCUUAUCAACCACUUACUGUACUUGCGCAAAUAGGAUGUGAAAUUGAACUACUGCACAAGGAGCCUUGGUCAUCAUUUGCAACUGAUUUGAAAAAUGGGAGCCUGGCAAUACCAAAAUCUAAGUGGCUGCCAAAUGACCAUUUAUGUUUGGUACGACUGACUCCCCAGCAAAAUCUAUUUACAGGAGGCUUGAAGCCCACAAAUGCAACUACCUUUAUUUUCAUGGUGAAACAGUGUCUUGCUAAACCUACGUCUAGACUUAGUGAUAGACUAAAUUCAUGGAGCUUGGACAAUGGUGGCAAAUUACUGAAAGCGCUAGAAAUUCCAGAAAAUGCUGCAAUGCGUGACUUGUAUCCAGAAGACUACAGGCGUCUUUUUGAGGCUUUACAAAAUUCUAGUACGUUUACUGAAACCUGGUUCUAUGAUGAAGUCUUGGAAACUGUAAGGACCAUAAACUUAUAAAACUAAAGCUUUUGGAAGAUCACCUUAGCUUUUGAAAGAUUACUUUGAUGAGAAACGGUUUAAAUAAAAUCACAAUUAGCUAGAUGAUUUCCUGUCCAAACAGGAAAAUAAAUUCAGCAAGUAACAAGAGCCCUUCUGUACAGGAUGAAAGUAAUGGUUUCACAGUUAUUUGAGCACAAUCCUAUCUGGAAUGGACAAACUUUGCAACUUUUCUGGGAACUUACUAGUCACUUGCUGCUUUUGGAUGUACGACUUAAAUGGAACUUUUUGUUACGCUGCUGUAUAUUUACAACAUUUGAAAAAAGUUAACAGACCAAAUAAUGAUAAUUUGUCUGGUUGGUAUUUUAGUUCUUAGUGAUUUGAAUGCCUUUUGGACAGAUUACCAAAAUACACAGGUCUUUACAACCACUGAGUCUGCUAUAUUGUCUCGUUAUCUAAAAACCUUGCAGUCUCAAGUCAACAAUAUAUUAAUAAAUAAUUAGUGGUGUGUUACUAUAAGACAAGGUAAUGACUGCAUGAUAAAACAGUAACUGGGAGUUACUUUAAGUAAAGAUUGUAAUAUCUGUGGGAAAAAGUUGUAACAGUUCUUUCUUUCGAAAAUAACACAGGACAGUCUGUACUGGUUUUCAAUACACAAACAGCUAUAUGUGUAUGGGGAUUAUUUUAGGUCCAAAGGUCACCAGAAUAUUCAGUGCUAUUUGGAAAAAUGAAAAUAAAAUCAUUUUAUUUGAAACC